AUGGCAGCAGAAGUACAGGCACUGCCGCCAACGCGCGCGCCUCCUGGACCAGCACCACUUACGCCGGACGAAGCGUACUGGAAGACAUUCAAGAACCAGAUCUUGCUGCCCUCGCCGCACAAUGCUGCAAUCACCUCGGUCACGGUCCCCGACUUCAACCCUACUGGAGCACAGGCGGAGACUUUCGCGGUUACGGGCGGUGGCAGGGUGCAAAUAUACAGCUCCAAGACGAGGAAGCUGGUGAAAACCAUAUCACGGUUCGGCGUCGACGACACCGCGCGAUCCGGAGUGCUAAGACGAGAUGGACGGAUACUGUUGGCUGGAGGAGAUAGUGGUGUGGUACAGGCAUUCGACACUGGGUCAAGAGCGAUUCUGAGGCAGUGGAGGGGAGAGCACGCACAUCGGCUACCAGUACACGUUGUGAGAUGGAGCCCGAAGGUACUCACGGAUCUCAUGAGCUGUUCAGACGACCGUACUGUGCGCGCUUGGGACUUGACUGAAGAUGAGGCCAAGUGGACAGGCGUUGGCCACGAAGACUACGUUCGUUCUGGAUGCUAUCUACCAGAGCAAGAUGGCAUGAUUGUGAGUGGCAGCUACGACCAGACUGUGCGGCUGUGGGAUACGAGACAGGCACGGCCUGCGAUGACAUUCAAGCAUGCAGCGCCUGUUGAGUCCGUGCUCGCAAUGAACAACUCGACGUUAGCAUCAGCUGCCGGCAACGAAGUCAGCAUUCUGAAUCUUGCUGCAGGCAAGGUUGAACAUAUCAUUCGCUCUCACCAGAAGACCGUCACCUCUCUUGCUACUGCGCAGAACAGCACUCGACUUCUCACCAGCGCGCUAGAUGGACACGUCAAAGCCCACAACACUAUCUCAUGGGAAGUCGUCGCUGGCUUCAAGUACUCUGCACCCGUGCUCUCACUGGCAAUCGUCAGUAAUAUCACCGGUGGAGCUCGUGAUGACCGCCAUCUGGCUGUUGGACUGGAGACCGGCCUACUCAGCAUACGAACGAGACUCGCGGGCACUGAGAAAAUAAAGGCGCGCGAGAAGGAAAAGAAGAUGCAAGCGCUCAUGGCAGGCGAAGCAGACGAGUAUGAGCGCAAGCAGCGCAAGAAGGAUCUGCGUCAAGGCAUCCGGGCACGCGAUCGUGGCAAGGACUUUCGCGGCGAGGGCGCGGACAUUGUCAUUACGGGCAACGAGCGUUCGCGGCAAAGCAUGAAAAAGCUCAAAGGUUGGCAGAAACACCUAAGGGAGGGCAAAUACGCCCAAGCACUGGAUCUUGUGCUCGAGCCGGCAGGUGGACCAACGGCGUUCAACAACGAGGAUGUACUUACUGUUCUGACCGCACUCAGACAUCGAAGUGCUACUCGGACUGCUUUGGCGAAUAGAUCGCCCGCGAGACUGCUGCCGCCGUUGCAGUGGUGUUUGAAGUACAUUGCGCAUCCCAGGCAUAUUAUGCUUGUGCACGAUGUGUUCCUAGUGGUUCUGGACCUGUACGCCGAGCAACUCGCGGAAUGGGAUGCGAGCGAAGAUAGUGAAAGCGACGGCAAGGAGGUUAUGAGGCUGAUCAAGAGGAUCGAGAAGCGAGUGAGGCUUGGCGUGGAGCUUGCGCAGAAGGCUGGAAGUUUGGAGGGCAUGGUUGCUUGUUUGGAGGCAGGGUGA